AUUACACAAAUUUAUUUACAAACACGGAUCUGAUUUAGAAAAGAGUCAAAUCGUAGUCUUUCUAAUGAAUUUAUUAAAGAAAAGUUUAUAAAAUAUUGUUUUUAUACACAGUGAAGUGUUGGUGCAUAUGGGUACAUAGGGAGCAAAAACAAAAAUGUCACGUAUUGCUGUUACCGAAUCAACUACGAACGAUCAAACUCCACAUGAGGAACUCAAUUCCCAAUGGUGUAUGAUACCUGAACCGGUCUUUAUUGAUAUUCUUAAAGAUUUAUCAGCUAAAACCGUAUUGAAUGUAGGAGAAUGUUGCCGUCGUUGGAAUGAUAUAUCAAGAGACGAUUAUUUGUGGAGAAAGAUUUUCCGAAGAGAUUUUCGAGUAAAAAAGAAAAUUGAACUUAAGCCAGGUGCUGAAUGUUGGUUAAGCGAAUACAAAAGGCUGAUCGACAAUGUUCCAUUGGUACUUACCGACGACAUUCAAGACGCUCACACUCAUCAAGUGUUACACGUUAGUUUUUCACACAACGGUGAAAUGUUUGCUACUUGUUCAAAGGAUGGAUAUGUUAUCAUAUGGAAUUCAUAUUCAGCGACAAUAAGAUACUCACAUGAUAUGAAAGAGUUCAGCUGGAAACACACACAAUUUUCUCAAUUUAAUCAACGCGAUACGCUACUGUUGGUGUCGGGUGUACAUUUUGGUUCGUCCCAUUCAACAUCAGGAGAAAUUGUCGUAUUCAGCGUCAAUGGAGAGUCAAAACUGCGUUGUAGAAUUAACAAUCGCCCGUAUGAUAUCUUCGGUGCUUGGUUAACUGACGAAUUCGUGAUAUCUGGUAAUUUGCACUGGCUGGCUCAAUUGGUUACUACAUCAGUAUUAUGGUUGAAUAAGGCCAACCAGGAAAUUUAUUCAGAACAUGUUCCAGUAACGAAUCAGCUCUACAAAUUCUAUAACAGAAACGCCAGCUCGAUCCGUGGCAUUAUAGUGGCCAACUGCCCAUGGCUGGAUGAUGUCAAAACUUGUUAUGAUAAUUAUGAAGAGUGUCGUCCGGAAUAUUUAGAUACAGGCGCUAGUGAUACAACUAUCGACGAUUUAGAGAACAUGGGACCAAAAUAUUUAAUUUUCUCGACUGGAAGCAGUACCUAUACUCCCCAUCAAGUUGGAUUCAAAUUUGUUCACCACGUAAAUUUCCCCAGGACGCUAGAACGCGGCCCAUCGUUGAAGGAACGCAUUGCUAUUAAAAAGCAAGAGCGAUUGUUACAGAAUAGCGAACCGCGUGUAGAGCCCAACUGGUUGGACUAUGAGGCUGUUGCCGACCAUUUCGAUCCAGUUGAUGCCAUUAUUGACCUGCACGGACAUAUAAUCGGAAUGGGUCUGAGUCCGGAUCAUCGAUAUCUGUAUGUUCACUGCGGUGAAUGGUUGCCGAAUUACAUUAUUUCCAAUCCACUUGAGCCACCCCCGAUUGCACAGGAAAUUAACAUACACGUGAUUGAUCUAACUACAUUAACAAAAGUCGACCAAACAUUUCAAUCACACACAAAUUACACACUUAAUGACGGCUGCCACUUCAUUUUCAUGGAUGUUUGUGAUAAUUACUUGGCCAGUGGUGCCGAAGAUAUGCAGGCAUACGUUUGGGACCGACACUAUGGAAUCUGUUUGGCCAAAAAUCCUCACAAAGAUGUUGUGAAUAGCGUGGCAUUCAAUCCAGUUGAUUCUGAAAUGCUUGUAACUACUAGUGACGAUUCCACCAUAAAAAUAUGGCGAUCAAUGAACAAAGUCCGAGAGCUGAGGAAACAGCAUGUCUAGUCAUCUGUUAGCGACAACGGUGACGGAAAUUGCGUUAAUGAUAAAAUCAACCACACCCUAGGCUAUACUUUAAACAGA